AUGAAUGUACUUGACGAUCUUGAGCCAAGUCGAGAAUUUGUAGCGGCAGAUGAUCCGAAUGCUGUGAAAACAAAAAAUUCCAGGAUCACUUCUCAACUUGCCGUUUUGAAUUUCCGAGAAAACGACUAUGCUGUUUUAUCAAUUCCCUAUCCGAAUCGAGAUGAUGAAAAUCCGAAAUGUCCUGGAUUUGAAUUGGAGCCAGACAUUUGGUCAUUUGUGGUCGUUGUUCAAAAGAAUCAAAUGGAAGUUCCAUCUUUGAUGACAGCCGCCGACAAAACAUUCAAUGUCACCUGUGAUUACUCCAAUGUCGAUUGGCAUUCAUCCGACGCAGCAGCAACCACAGCCGCUUCCUCGAGUUCGGAUCUUCCUGAUGAUCUCAUUGAUGUCAGCGGAGAAGAUUCAACUCUAUACACAUCAACACGAGGCACUCCAUCCGAGAAAAUCCGAAUGUUGAUCCUGAAAGACGGACAAACUGUUUCCGCUGUGCAAUUGGGGGAACUUGUAGAAUUGAAAUUGGAGAGGAUGGGCGGCCUUCCACCAUCACCACAACCAUUGUCCAUCAUUCAACACGGCUGUCCUGAUUCAAAAGUGGUGAAUCGUUUGAUGGAGGGGAUUGUCGAGCAACUACCUGAUGGAUUUAGUGCAAAGAUGAGGGUAUUUCGUUUUGAUGGAUCAAGAAGGGUUCGUUUAAGAUGCACGAUUGAUGUUUGUGUUGAUGAAUGUCCACCGGUUGAAUGUGACGGUUUCGAUUCGGAAAUAAAAAGUUACGGGAAAAGAAAGAAAAGACAAACGAUGGGUGAAUUGUCGACGAUGAUGAGAAGGUUGAAACCGAAUUUUCGAUUGGAUGACACGACGAUGAAAACGACGACUACGAGAGUGCCCAAAUUCACGGAAAUGAUGAUGGUCGAAGAAGAGAAACGAAAAACCACGAACACAAUAACAGGGAUCUUGACUGUGAUCGAUCCACCAUUGUAUGAUGAAGAUGGAAAUCCCCAACAAGCACAUUCACCUAAUAAUCAACCAUUGUUUCUAUCGGGAUCUCAUCAAGUGAUUUGCGUGUUUCGCCCGAUUUUCAUCUCCGUUUCACUUCUUCUUUUCCUAUUAUUCAUCAUUCAAACACUCAUCAUUGGGAGAUUUGUGUCUCGACACAUUUUACAAAGAACAGAAGAAUCUCUUUAUGGAAGCUCAACCUCGUGUAAUCGUUCCUCGCAAAGUGGUCUUUUGAUUGGAGACACGGAUUCGACACGGAGUAUCUCACCGCUUGUUUUCCCGAAAACCCCGCAAAUUCAACCACCGCCGAGACCUGCAAAGCGUCGACUCGAUUGUCUCGAUGAGCGUUUCCUGAAUAUCCCUUCUUCAUCACCAUUCCCCCCUCGUCCUCCACUUCCUUUACAUACAGAUAUUCAUGGUUACACUGUGCCAAUUAGACCAAGGCAUUCCUGGGAACUCGACUCAAGUUUA